AUGUACAAAACUGAUGGAAAGGCCACAUCUGAGCGCCAAACCACCAGCACUGCACAGCAGGGAGGGGGGCCGGGGGGUAAAGCGCCACCAUAUAAGAGAGCCAGACUUUCCGAUGUAAACGCGGAGCUGACGUGCAUACUAUGCUCGGGGUAUUUCAUCGACGCGACCACUAUCAGUGAAUGUCUGCACUCAUUCUGCAAGUCAUGUAUUGUCAAGUACUUGCAAACUAACAAAUGCUGUCCCAUUUGCGAGACACAAGUGCACACCACUAAACCCCUACUCAGUAUCAGAUCCGAUAAGAUAUUGCAAGACAUCGUCUAUAAACUCAUACCCGAUGUCUUCAAAAGCGAAAUGCAUAGACGGCGUGACUUUUACGCCAAACAUACCGAAGAGGCGCCCGUUUCGGCUGAGGACAGGGGCGAAGUGGUCGACCACCGCAUGUUUUACAUGGCAAACGACAAAAUCAGUUUAUCUCUCGAGUAUGGAUACGGAGACAACCAAAUGCCAGACAAUGGACUCCUCCCCACCAGUGUUGACACAACUGAUAGUAGCGUUGAAUCCGCGGAAUCUAUGAAACGCUAUUUGUUAUGUCCGGCCGGUCUGUCCAUUUUGCACCUCAAGAAGUUCAUUGUCAGGAAAUAUGGAUUACCCACGACCUAUAGGGUCGAUGUC